AUGUCUAGAGCUGGCGAUAUCAUCAACGAGCGGUUACUAUUCAAGGAGCUGGAGGGUGUGGGGGUGUUCAAGCUGGGCAAAUUUACACUGAGAAGUGGUCAGAUUUCUCCAAUUUACGUGGAUUUACGUCUACUCUUCACAUCACCCAAAGUGCUCAAGUUAACAGCGAGCUAUAUGUGCAGUUUGAUUGAAGCGCUGAAUUUGAAGUGUGAUUAUAUUGUUGGUGUACCAUAUGCAGCACUACCACUUUCGACAAUUAUUGCUGGUCAGUUAGAGAAGCCAAUGUUGUUGAGGCGUAAAGAAAUAAAAUCAUAUGGCACAGGAAAAAUUAUCGAAGGCAACUAUGAAACCGGAAAACGAGCUCUGAUUAUUGAAGAUGUCGUGACUUUAGGUAGAAGUAUCUUGGAAACGGUUAUUGUAUUGCGUAACGAAGGUCUGGUUUGUAAGGAUGUAAUAUGUGUGUUGGAUCGUGAACAAGGCGGUUCACAAAGGGUUCAGGGCGAAGGAAUUACUUUACAUAGUUUACUGGGAAUGAACAAAGUGCUUGAUUUUCUGAUCGAUGAUGGCACCAUUACUAUAAAAAAGAAAGAAGACAUCCUCUAUCAAUUAACACUUCCUCCACCAUCGAUCACUGAAAAAGUUCAAUGUAACGGUGACUGGUCGUUAACAUUACGGAAAAACUCUACACAAAAUCCUUUAAAUAAAAAACUACUAGAAAUUAUAAUCAAAAAAAAAACAUGUUUGUGUAUAGCAGUUGACAUCACUAAAUCUGAGGAGAUCAUACAAAUUAUUGAAAAGACUGGCGAUUAUGUCUGCGCUGUAAAGCUGCAUGCUGAUGUGAUUGAAGAUUUCAGUGAUGCCUUUGUGCAAAAGCUUACAUCGUUGGCUGAUAAUCUUGAUUUCAUCAUUUUUGAAGACAGAUAUUUAGCCGACAUUGGUCAUAUAACGAAUUUGCAGCUUACAAAAGGACCGUUUAAAAUAGCGUCCUGGGCACAAGUUGUCUCUGUACAUGCUCUUUCUGGACAGUCCGUUUUGAAUGUCAUAAGAAAGAUCGCUGAUCAACCGGAGUCAAAACUUACUGGUUGUUUGUUGGUUGUGGAAAUGAGUUCUGAAGCUUUCACUAAUUCGAAAGAAUAUUUGAAUGCUGCACUGCAGUUGGCAAAAAACAAUCGUGAUAUCGUAAUUGGAUUCAUUUGUCAGAAACGUUGUGCUGAUAUACCAAGUUUUCUUUACUGGACUGCAGGAGUUCAUGUUGAUGCAAUGAGCGAUGGAAUUGGUCAAAACUGGCGUUCAAUAGAACAUGCAAUAGGUGUAGAUGGAAACGAUAUAGUGGUGAUGGGACGAGCAAUUACUAGUUCAGUUGACAUCACUACUCAAAUCCGGCGAUAUCGUGAUGCUGCAUGGGAAUCAUUUGUUUGCAAGCAGCAAAAACAUUGA